GCUUGCACAAAGGACCUGCAUGGAGGCUGCAAGAUAAGCACAUACAUACAGGUAACGCAGGGAGCCUGAUCCACAGAGCUGACAAUCUAUUUCUGUACACGGAGCCUGCCCCUGCAAGAUAAGCACAUACAUACAGGUAACACAUGGCUCUGACUCUGAGUGCCUGAUCCACAGAGCUGACAAUCUAUUUCUGUACACGGAGCCUCCCACUACAAGACAAGCACACACAUACAGAUAAAUAUGGGAGAACGCCGGAAGGGAAACUCCUCGAAAGCAGAACAAAAGAAAGCCAGUAACGGACAAAAUGAGAAUGUGGGCCAAUGGGGCCGAGCAUGGGAGGUAGAUUGGUUUUCCUUGGCCGGUGUAAUCUUCCUGUUGAUGUUUGCGCCGCUGAUCGUCUACUACUUUGUGAUGUCAUGUGACCAGUACCAGUGCUCCCUCACCGCCCCCGUCUUGGACAUAUACACCGGGAAAGCCAAAUUGUCUGAUAUUUGGGACAAGACUCCUCUCAUUACGUGGAAAGCUGUUUAUAUAUACGCAGCCUGGGUCUCUUUCCAGGUGUUUCUGUAUGUUUUCAUUCCUGACGUGUGUCAUAAGUUCCUGCCGGGAUAUGCUGGAGGGGUUCAGGAUGGAGCCCGGACGCCGGCAGGCAUAAUAAACAAAUAUGAAGUGAAUGGGCUGCAGGCCUGGUUUAUUACCCAUAUACUGUGGGUCGCCAACGCGUACUACUUUCACUGGUUCUCGCCGACUAUCAUCAUCGAUAACUGGAUCCCGCUGCUAUGGUGCGCCAACAUCCUGGGCUACGCCGUCUCCACCUUCGCGCUGAUUAAAGCGUAUCUCUUCCCCACGAUUGCAGCUGAUUGCAAAUUCACCGGGAAUUUCUUCUACAACUACAUGAUGGGAAUUGAGUUUAAUCCCAGGAUAGGAAAGUGGUUUGAUUUCAAGCUGUUCUUUAAUGGACGUCCAGGAAUCGUUGCCUGGACCUUAAUAAACCUAUCGUACGCAGCAAAACAGCAGGAGUUAUACGGGCAGAUAACCAACUCCAUGAUCCUAGUCAAUGUUCUUCAGGCAAUCUACGUUGUGGACUUUUUCUGGAAUGAGAGCUGGUACCUAAAAACCAUAGAUAUCUGUCACGAUCAUUUCGGCUGGUACCUCGGAUGGGGGGACUGCGUGUGGCUGCCAUAUCUCUACACGCUGCAGGGUCUGUACCUGGUGUAUAAUCCGGUGCAACUUUCCACACCAGCGGCGGUAGGAAUUCUCUUGUUUGGUUUGAUUGGAUACUAUAUCUUCAGGAUGACCAACCACCAGAAAGACUUGUUUCGACGUACCAACGGAAACUGCAAAAUCUGGGGCCACAAGCCAAAAUAUAUUGAAUGUUCAUACACAUCCGGGGAUGGCAGGCGUCAUUACAGCAAACUGAUGAUUUCUGGGUUCUGGGGGGUGGCUCGGCAUUUCAACUACACCGGAGACUUGAUGGGGUCUUUGUCUUACUGUCUGGUGUGUGGGUUUGACCAUCUCCUGCCUUAUUUCUACAUUAUAUACAUGACAAUCUUACUUGUACAUCGCUGCAUACGAGACGAGCAUCGCUGCUCCAGCAAGUAUGGCAAAGACUGGAAGCUGUACACCGAUGCUGUGCCGUAUCGUCUAAUACCAGGAGUAUUUUAAGAUCCCCUUAGUUGGCGAUGAAACCGAUCAGAUCCCCCAAGGGCUGUUUGAUACAUUUUGGACAAUAACUACUUUCUUGUAAAGCAUUUUUGGUCUGUCGCACCUCGUGUGAUAGACCUCUUGGACCUGCGACUCUAGAAAUGAAUGUAAAUUGUACUUUUUAAGCGCACACCAAGUUCUGGACUCCCUUACUCAACUUUCACUUUCUUACCUAUACAUUUCCUUUUAGCAAACCAACAGAAUUUGUUCUAAAUAAAAUGAAAGUUUUGCAGUUGUCCCAGUUUGUUCUUUGCUGUUGGAGAUACAGGCGGGAGACUAUCAGAAAAUGGAUUCAGGGUGUAUGUGAUGUGAUUUGACACUUGUGUCCAUAGAUAUGAAAAUACUCUAUUUUCAAAUUAAACAUUUAAUUGCUAAA